AUGGCGGCCAAGUACAAGAAAAGAGCGACCGAGUAUGGACUCACAGGGUGGUGUCGCAACACGGAUAACAACAAGGUUGAGGGCGAGGCGCAAGGUGACGAGGACGCGCUGAAGAAGCUUCUUAAAGACAUCGAUCAGGGGCCGAGGUCGGCCAAGGUCGUCAAACUCGACCAGGAGGAAAGGGAUCUCGUCAACGACGAAAAUGACUUUCUGGUCAGACGAUGA